AUGGACGUCGACCCCUCAGCCGGGCCGCCUUCCCAAGCGGUGGCUGUGCAGCCUGUACUGCAGCCGCUUUCCUUAGGCACCCCCAAGGAGUCUGACACCGCAGCGCCUUGUCCGGCGCCCACUCAGCAGCCGUCGACGCAGCGUCAGGAGACGCUGCCUUUCUUCGUGGGUCCCGACGCCCCGUCGCGUCCAGUACCAGAAGCUGCGCCCGUGGUCACAGGCGUGCACCCUGACCUCGGUUUUCAGUCGGUGUUUCCCGAGGCCCCGCGCAGCCAAUGCUGGGGUGCGGACCGGGGACUGCCACCGACAACAGUCUCCGCCCCGAUGUCGACAGAUGACGAGAAGGAGACUCCUGAAGACUCCCAAGGAAGAGUUGAGCUCUUUAUACUUCCCUACCAGGGUCAGGAUGUCUACUACGACGAGAAGAUGAAAAUGUACAGGCUCAAGAAAAGAGGUACCAGCUUACUACCAGUGGUCCAGCAGCAGCCUUCUGUCCCGCCUGCCAGUGUGGAUUCCAGCCCUGACGACUCGCCUUCGGCUAGCGACGUAAACCAGGUGGCUGGCUGCUCCACUGAGGAGCAGUCAGCCAGCUUCUCUGAGCAACCUCCAGGUGGUUCCUCAGAGAGGCAACAUAGUGAUUCUGCCGAUGAGGUGUCAACCAAUGCAGAUGACUCGCAGCUGUCACGUUCUGAUGAUGAAGAAUAUCUGGGCUCCCAUGAAAGCCAGCCCAGUCCUGCUGAGGAGGCCUCAUCAAACUUAGCUGACUGUCAGCCACCAAACUCUUCCGAUCAGCUACAACUCCACUCCACUGAAUUGCAUUCACUUGAAUCUGGUGACCAGAUGACAUCCAGUCUGGCUAAUGAGCCCUCACCCAUCUCCUAUGAGUGGCAACCUGACGCUGAUGAGGAGGUCUCAUCUAACUUGGCUGACUUUCAGUCACCCACCUCUUCUGAUCAGUUACAGCUCCACUCCACUGAAUUGCAUUCACUUGAACCUAGUGACCAGAUGACAUCAAGACUAGCUAAUGAGCCAUCAUCCAGCUCCUAUGAGUGGCAGUCUGACACUGCUGAGGAGGCCUCAUCAAACUCAGCUGACUGUCAGUCACCCUCCUCUUCUGAUCAACUACAACUCCACUCUACUGAAUUGCAGUCACUUGACCCUGGUGACCAGGUCACAUCCAGUCAGGCUAAUGAGCCAUCACCCAGUUCCUAUGAGUAUCAGUCUGAUCUUGCUGUGGAGGCCUCAUCAAAUUCGGCUAACUGUCAGUCACCCACCUCUUCCGAUCAGCUACAACUUCACUCCACUGAACUGCAUUCACUUGAUCCAGGUGACCAGAUAACAUCCAGUCUGUCUAAUGAGCAAUCAUUCAACUAUGAGUGGCAGUCUUCUGACACAACUGAACAAUCCUCAUCAAAUGUGUUUCACUAUCAGUCAAGCAGUUCUAUUGAUCAGCUGCAACAACACCCAACUGAAUUUCAGUCUCUUGAGUAUAGUGAGAAGAUGCCAAAUACUACCGCUGGAACUAAGGCUUCUGCCUCUGCUGAGCAGGUACUACCCAGCUUCACAGAGGUACAAUAUUCUGACCCAGCUGCCAAACAACCACCCACUUUGGAUACGUGGCUGUCACCUAACACAUUUAGCAAUGUGCCAUACAGCUCCAGUCAGUUGCUUUCUAAUACUCCGCACCAGAUGUUCACUGGGACUGCUCAAGGACAACCAUUGACAUAUGCUUCUCAGCUGCCAUGUGCAUUCACUGGUUGGCAGCUAUCUGGCCAGCAACCAUCCAUACCUAUCCAGCAACCAGUAUCAAACUUUGGAGGCCAACAGAUUUUAUGGCCUGUCUCAAAUGUUCAGACACAGUACCACUAUCCACAGAGAGUGCCCAUAUUGACGCCUCAUUGUGCGAAUGGCUAUCCACACAGUGUCACACCUUGUUGUGUGACUGGUUACCAUUCAUCUGCACCUGUCAUAGUCGCCCAAGGCCACUCCAUUAGCUUUUGUUCUCAGUGCCAGGCUACAUCUCCUCAGAAUUCUGGAGUGUUGAAGCCUGUUUACUAUACAACUUUGCCACUUGCGAACAAUCAAAUACUUUACAAUGCACAGCGGCAAGUGGCCAGUACGUCUGCACCAGUCUACACACUGCAAGCUUCAUCACUUUGCUCAGGAACAGCGCCACAGCCGCCGCCGGUAAUACAGCCCCCAGAAUGGUUGUCAAGGGAACUGUGGAGGCAGCAGGGACAGAAGCAGGUUGGAAACCCCGAGUCGUACACUUCUCAAACAAUUAAGGAAUCUUCAAAUUCUGAGGAUACUUUCGGAGAAAGGUCCAGCUUCCCAAGUAGUCAGGGAGAAGAACUCCCAUCUGAGGACACUGUGGAAACGGAAAUCGAACUUGAGAGGGGAAAAAAUUGUGCGGACAAAUCGGCUACUCCAGCAGUAGUGCGAGAAAGUCGUCAACAAGAUCAGCAGGACUCUGAAGUAUCUCAGAGCGUCUACAAGAAUGAACGCGGAAACUCACAGCUGCUAAAGAGCGACCAGAACCAGCGGCAGAAAGGAGAUAUUUGGAGUGCCACGGGCAAGAAAUCUAGGAGGAAACGAUACAAACAUAAAAAGAAGCAAGAAGGCCAGAAGACUGAGGCUGAGGCACCACCAGUUGGAUUUCAACAGAAAAUCUGCCAGGAAGAGACCACUCCUCCCUCGCGGAAGAACUCAAAGAGAUUCCGAACGACAACUAGCACGUCAGUGAAACAGCUGCGCACUGCCUCGUCCACUGACAGUGUUCCAAGACGAACGAAGAGGGGCAGGCGUCUGAGGGUGUUCCACCAGCUCCAGGAUGUACUGACCAUCACGGUGAUCUUCAAGGAUGAGGAGAGGUCCCAGUCGGGCUGCGGUGGUUCCCCUGCUGUGACCGAGCCCAGGCCAGUCACCAUCGACUUGGACGGCCCAACGCCGCACGAGAGCGCGAGGCGCCAUCGCCGCCACCCCUCCCCCCCGCGCGUCCUUGCUCCUUGCAAAAUGGAUGCUGACACCGGCGAGCCCCGGCCGCAGCCAAGAGCCCGGUGUUCCCGUUGUUCGUCCGAAUCUCCGCCUUCCGGUCUGUGCUAUCGCUGCUGCUGGUAA